AACAGCAGUUCCCAUGGUACAUCACGAUUACCUCUCUAGGGUGUUUGGGUCACCGAUAGCUUACUGAACAACUCACUCACCGCUGUUAAUACUAUUUUGAGUUGAUAAUGUUUAUGGCAGGUACAGGUAUUGGGGGUCGGGGGUGUAGCCAGGGCCCAAAUUCAGGAUCUGGCUCUACAGGAUGUAAUCCACGCAAGUUUAGCGAGAAAAUUGCCCUUCAUAAUCAGCGUCAAGCUGAAGACACCGCCGCCUUCCAAGAGGUUAUGAUGGACAUCACUUCCACCAAGCUACAUGUUCAGAGAACUCGUCAGGCCAGAAAUCUGUCUCCAUAUUAUGGUGGUUCCUUGCCCAAUGUUAACCAGAUUGUAAGAGCUACGUGUGACGCCCAGGGUCAGUUGUCGUACAACCCUGAGCACAGUUGUGCCGUGCGCCGUCAGCUGAUGUCAGAGCAGGCCCACAGAGAGAGGAGACUGAGUCCACCAGGCCGGCCCAGCAGAAGACAUCCUGACAGUGCACCUUACCACUCUUUCCACCAGUCUCCUCCCCCCGUCUCUUACUGGAGAAGGAACUGGCCAAACAGCUGCACCACAGACCAAGGCCAAGAGGUCUGCCUCCCAGUGACAGCUCUGAAUAGGACAAAUUCAGAUUCUGCCCUGCACACCACUGUACGCAACACACACAUUGGUGACCAGAUGAGCUCAGCCCAGGCUCUCACCCCCCGGAACAGACGCGGUGUGUUCCCAUAUCCUGUGCCUCUCAUUGAAGAGAACUUGCCAGAGGAAGGCAAGCCUUUGAAAAGAGACUGUAAAAAGUUGUCCGAAGUGCCAUCAGGAAGUGCCAAAGCCUCCAGCCAACAUGCCAUCCCAACCCCCAGCCAGCAGGGCGGCGGUCUCCUCCCUGUUCCCUCUGCUCUGAAUAUGAGUGGUUCUCUGCCAGACCUCUCCAGCCUGCACCUGCCCUCUGCCCAGUCCACAUGCCUGGAGAUGGACCCUCUGGGCCAGGCCCCAUGUCUGGCCUCUUCCAGUAGCUCAGACCACCUGUCAGGGGGUCUUACACACCCUGGCCUCAAGGCCGAUGAUGCCUUUCACCUACCAGGUUUAUCACCAAUGCCAGCCUCUCUCAGUAACCCUCUGCUUCAGUCUUCAUUAAGUAGCCCCAACAUCCAAUCAUCUCUCAGCAGCAACUCCCUCCCCAACUCCUUGAGCUCUGUCUCUUUACAAUUUUCCCUGAGUAACUCCUCCCUCAAGUCAUCCCUCAGCAACCAAUCCCUGCUCUCCUCUCUCAGCAGCUCCUCCCUUAGCAACCAGUCCCUCCAAUCAGCAGCCAGCCACUGUAGCUACAGCAGUGGCAUAGGCGGAUCGCGUUCUUGCUCCACCUCCUCCCUGUCCUGCUCUUCGCGUGCGUCUAACCAAUCACACCCUCCACACUCGACGUCGUCACGGAAACGGAACCAGCUCAGCCCUCUCAUUCUGCCCAGCGGGGGCGAGUCUCGCUGGCACCACCCAAAACAGUUUUCCCCCACCGUGUCCCCAACACUGUCCUCCAUCACUCAGGGAGUGCUCCUCAACACGAAUCAUGUCUCACGAGACUCCCGACCCCCCGCGUAUCCCUACAACCAGCCACAGCAUGCUGGUCCUCCUCUAUCCCAGCAGUCAUUGCAGCACUUCCCAUACAGUCCAACGGAAGGGCAGCUCCACCAUCAGCUGGCCGUUGUAGAACCACCUGUGCACAACGCCAACUACCACCAGCAGCAGCAGCAGCCCCACCAAGCACCCAUGCCAAGCCAGCCUCCCCAUCAACAACACAUACAUCAGCCGUACCAUCCACCAUUAUAUCCAAAGCGCCAGGUUCCCCAGUGUCACACACAGCCAACCCCCCCGCAGUCACAGAGCCACCUCCUGAAGCACCUGCAAGCUCCAAGCCCCCCACCUCUGCAGCUCCAGCCUCCCCAGGCCCAGGGCCAGGCGGGCCCACACCCACAGCCCAGUCAGCAGCACCUGCGGCGCCAGCAGCAGCAGCAGCAGCACCACCAGCAACCAUAUCACUGUGAGUCGAGCCAGCCGCUCCACCACGCAGGGCCUCCGCCACAGCUGCCUUAUUCCCAGCCCUUUACCCACCAGCAGCAGCAAAGCCAGUGGCCACCUCACCAUCUCCAGCCUGACCAGCAUGCUCCACAUGUUCUCCAUCACCAUCAACAACAGCAGCAACAGCAACAACAACAACAACAACAACAGCAACAGCAACAGCAACAGCAACAGCAACAACGACAACAACAACAACAGUGUCAGCAGCACCUGUCGUGGCCCUCUCCAAGCCCUGCUAUGCCUGGCCAAAAUCAGGCCCACCCUUGGCUGAAGGAGACUGACCUCCAUGGAGCCCUGACCAGUGUGGAGGCUCUGCCCACUCAGGAGCCCCUCAGAGCAGGCACACCCAUGAGGGUGCAGAGCCACCGGAGAUCUAAGAGCCAGAUGCAGGAUGUGGUGGCAGGAAGUCCUCUCUCUGGGAGCCCCCAGAAGAUGGCCCAGACCCUGCAGACCGGGAUAUCCUCACAGGGUGGGCUGUGUCUGGACUCCGGCAUUGGCCUUAAUAACGAGUCCUACAUGGGCCUGCACCUCACUCCCAGCCAGACUAAAGCCCUUUCCCAGCAGUUGGGUCAGCUCUGCAAGGAGUCGGGGUCCGGUGCUGACCCAGAUGCUGGGAUGCAGAGUGCUUUUCCUUUCCAGAACCUUAAUCUGGGCCAAGACCAGAAACACAGCAGUGGAAUUUGCCAUAGCCUCUCUGACAUUAUGUUAACAGAUGCAGCAUCCUGGCUGGACCAGGAGAUCGCGGGCUUCCCUGCCAACAUGCUGGAUCUGGAUGAAGACGCCUUAGAGUUGAGCAUCUUGAGGGAUGAGGAGUUCACCAGCGAGUCUGCCGUGGAGGGGUUCUAUAACCCCAUUAACUGACCCGGGCAGGGGCACGCAGCUGGAGACGAUCUCCCAAUAGGUUUAUAGCCAUUCUUUUGUAAGAUAAGUCUAUCUAUGUGAGGUGGGACGCCACGAAUGUGAUUAUGUCAACUAACAACUAUCCCUAUAAUAUGCAGUGAUCUCUAGAUCGCCAUUUUAGAGAGGAUGUAAAACAUUAGUUUAGAGUAUUGGUUAUGAUUUGUUGUUGUUAACUUAUGCACAAAUAUAGGGACAAAAGCUACAUCUAUGCAUCCCCAAGUAUGCCACAGCUACAAACCUGCCCAGUUCAGAAAGUUAAAGUAUGUUUGAAGAGGACAUUACAUAUCUAUUAGAUUUUGGAAUGUGACAUUGUCCUCAAUCAUGUUUUAAGUCGUGGCAGCAUUUGUGUCGCGAGGUGAUUAGAAUAGAAACUAAUUCAAGAAAACGAAUCCAUUUCUUUUAGCCAAAACAUAUUUUUUUUAAACAAACAAACAAACAGAAAAGGGUUGUGGUCAUCCCUUUAACAGGCUGUUACUUGACAGCUGUAUUUGUCUGUGCCAGCCUGGUCAAUCCUUUACAUUUUAUGAUUUUUAAAAUGAAACAGGAAAACAGCUCCUGUGUAUUACGCUUCUGUUUAUAUUGUGCUAAUAUUAUGACUGUAUUGUCAUGCUUAUUUAUUAUAUAUGUUCAAAUACAUGUUUUAUAUAUUAAGAGCCACUUCUCUCUCUGGUAGAGAUGAUGAACGCAUUUUUGUGCUUAGAUAUCUUCCUUGCCAAAAAACUAAGAAAAACAUUUUGUCUGUCGCAAACAAAUAAUACUUGAGUCAAACAAACAAAAGCAUUGUUUAUUAUUCAUUACUGCCUUGAUAUUUUGCAACAGUAAAUAUUAUUAUGUGAA